UCGAAGCCGAAUCGGGCGAGAAGCCAUCAUGGAGGACAAAAUUGCGCAGCUCCGGGCGGAUGGGAUCCAGAAGCGGUUGGUGCAGGAAGGCCGGGGACCGACGCCUGAUUAUCAAGACGGUACCAAGGUUACUUUCCACUACUGCACCAUGCUUUGCAGUUCAGAUCAGAAAGUACUAGAUGACAGUCGUACGCGGGACAAGCCUAUGGAGCUGAUCUUCGGCAAGAAAUUCAAGCUGCCUGUCUGGGAAACCAUCUUGCACAGCAUGCAGGAGGGAGAGGUGGCUGAAUUCUUGUGUGACACAAAGCAUGUGGUCUUAUAUCCGAUGGUGUCCAAGAGCCUGAGGAACAUUGCAGUUGGGAAAGAUCCUCUGGAGGGACAACGACAUUGCUGUGGCAUUGCCCAGAUGCACGAGCAUCAUUCACUGGGUUAUUCAGACCUUGAUGAGCUCCAGCAGAACCCCCAGCCCCUCAUCUUUGCCUUUGAAGUGCUCAAGGUGGAAAGGCCUGGCAUGUACCGACAGGAUCCAUGGGCUAUGUCAGAUGAGGAGAAGAUGAAGGCUGUGCCCCUGAUCCACCAGGAGGGCAAUGAGCUCUACAAGGAAGGCAAAGUGCAAGAAGCGGCUUCCAAGUACUAUGAUGCAAUUGCUUGCCUUAAGAACCUGCAAAUGAAGGAGCAGCCAGGAUCUCCCGACUGGAUCCAGCUGGACCAACAGAUCACUCCUUUAUUGUUGAAUUACUGUCAGUGUAAGCUGCUGAAUGAGGAAUACUAUGAAGUGCUGGAUCACUGCUCCUCUAUUCUCAACAAGUAUGAAGAUAACGUCAAAGCCUACUUCAAGAGAGCCAAGGCUCAUGCAGCCGUCUGGAACUCAGCUGAGGCUCAGGCUGAUUUUGCCAAGGUUUUGCAGCUGGAUCCAUCGCUGACCCCAGUGGUAACCCGGGAGCUGCGCAACUUGGAGACCCGCCUGCGUGCGAAAGAGGACGAGGAUAAGAUCCGUUUCAAAGGCAUCUUCUCCCAGUAGUCCUUGGACCGGUUGCUGAUGCUCUUGCUCAGGACAGCUCUGGCUUUAUAUCUGAGCCUGUCCGGGGAGAAGUUGUGUAAAUGUGAUGUGUGGCUCCUUGUCAGGCUUAUCCCCACCCUCCACACCAACCUUGGAGGGAGCCAGCUUUUCUUGCCAACAGAGUUUGUACUCUCCGUGCCAAUAGCACUGCCAGGAUUAGAUACGGCAAGAAAGCAUUUCAGAUUCUCCAAGCCAAAGCAGGGUGGAAAGCAUGCCCAGAAAUGUAUCUGUCACUUAGGUGGGAGCCUAUCUUUCACCUGUAAUUGAUUUUAUUCUCCUGUUUUGCCACACAUGGUGCCUUUUGGUCAUCUGAGCACAAGGAAGGAAAGUUACUUUCUUGGGCUGAUGUCUUAAGAAAGGGCUGGCAGAAGCUCUGGCUGAAGGGUUUGCUUUUGAACCGAGGCUUCUUUUCCAUCUCCAAAUCUCCUUUCGGCUGCUUGAGGAAAGGCUGGGCAUAGGAGCAUCUGAUCUCUAGAAACAGCAGCAGCUUCCACGUCUGUGGAUGUGGGCAAGAGAAAAGGGGAUGCCAGUAACGACAAGUCUGAGAGGCUCUUGAAUAUCAUCCCUGCUCCCUCUUGAGAAUCAUGCAAAACACACACACACAAUCUGUUAGGCGCGCUUUCCCCAAUCUUUGCUGCUCCUUGAAUAUAUAUAGGAUUAUACCCAGUAAUCCCCUACCUACAACUUUGCUGUCUAAAAGAAGCAUAGCGAGCAUCUCUGUUGCAGGUUAAGAAGGGAAAAGCAAAACAUAUCUUGAGAGAAAGGCAGGAACUCAUGUCUGCUGUAGUGACGUGGCUGUGCUGGCAAACUCCUCAGUCCAGCCCUGGGGAAGGAAUCCCGUGCUGAGUUGAAGAGAUGUGUAUUGUCGCUUCCCAGCCUUGGAUUGGUGUAGUUUGCCUGCCAAGGGACUUCUGAGUUCCUACCCAACACUACUUAGGUUUGAUAUAUAAGAGAGAGAGAGAGACCCAGUGGACGUGGCUCCCUAUUUAAAAUAGGAUGAAAUAUUUCCUUCCUUCUCUCUUGUAGAAGUUAUAGGAGCAAAGGUGAUGAUAGCUGGCCUAUCUCAUCUACGUAUUGGAGUAGUGUGCUGUACUCCACCCUCUCAAUAGUUUUCGACUGCUUUAGAAAUCACCACCAUAAAAUCCUCACUUCUUGAAUGCCAACUUUCCUCCCUUAGUAGCAGUUACUGGCAUUGGGGUCCCUGAACUUAGGUUCUGCGGCCACUCCUUGUUCAAAAUGUGCCUGUUCUGAGUUUUGUUCUUGAGCAGACCGAGAAGGGGAGAUGGGUGUGCAAUCCCGAGCUGUUUCCCCCACCCCCUCCUUUUUACAGAAACCAGCCUCAGCUUGGGCUGUGGAGUGGUGGUUGUCAGUGCCUCCCUCCAGAAGGAAAACUCUAGCUGAGUUUCCCCAGGGUGUGUUGUGUGUGCUGUGUGUUGGAGGAAUUGUAUGGGGAUGACCUUGCCUGAGUUGGACAAGAAAAUCCUGACUACUACAAACUGGAGCUUCACUAUUGACUGCCUUGCUUUUGAUGGUGCAGAGUAGUGGCUGAGAGCGAAGGCCCCACCUAGGAGCUAGGCUUCCCAGUCCACUCCCCAUUCCCAAGUCAUGAAGAAUAGUAGUCAUUUGCUGUUGCUGCUGGGAGUGGGACUGGAGUAUCUUUCAACCCCUCACAAAGUUUCUUGGCAGCUUUCCAAUCUAGGAUCAAGGACCUGGUUAGUGUGUUUGUAUCCAUGUGUCUGUGCGUGUGUCUUAGCUAUUGAUCGCAGCCAGGAGACAGGGUGAAAAAUGUUCCUUCAUAAGACCAGAACAAGGAACACGUCUGGUGAAUGCAGCUUUCCAUAUUUGGGAACUCGAGCUGAGUUUUGGGCUGCCUUUGGGAAGCAUAGCCUGAGGACCUAAAUAAAGCUGAGCUAUAUAGAGCAGGAGAAUAUUUCUUUUUUUCUUUCUUUCCUGUGGUGGAUGAGACUGAGAAUUGUUUCCUACUGGAGGCAGGACAGGGAUGUUUCCUUCCAUCCUGCCUCCUCAAAAAUUCUAUUGCCAAAGUUGCCUGAGAACCUCUCCAGAUUUAGCUAUACACCUGUAGCUGAUAGUUCACCAAUUUUACUGCUUAGAUUGUUCAUCACCUUCUUUUAAGGGCCAUGAAUUAGAUCUAGUCUCUGUAUUUCUCUCACUAAAUUGCAGCGGGUUUCAUGAUUUACUUUUUAUUUCAAGAGGCCUCCCCCGAGUUCAAAUAAACUAAUCUCAAUCCAAUCCAUGACUCCUUGGAAGAAAAUACACCUGGUUUCCCUGUGUAUUUCCCAAAUGUUGGUAAAGCUGUGCAUUUGUAUAGCUAGAGCUGCUCUCCAGAUGUUAGUUCUUGGCUGCUAUUUGCUGUGCCUUCUUUUGUGAGCUCUUGUAGAAUAAAAAUAUGCUUUUGAUAGCUUGUAGACCAGAGUUGCCUGGUGAUGACAACGAUGAUGAAAUUUAUGGGUGCAUCUUCAGCACCCAUAAAGGAUGGCCAGUGAUGGAAAUGAGAACCCAUUACUAAAGGGUUUUGUGAUGCAAAGCCUCCAUGUGCUGACAGAAGGCAACAUGUAACACAGUUCAAAUAAAAAAAAAAGUAUUUUCCUCUCGGA